UUUACUCAAGAGAAUGACAUAGACUACCUUUAUGAGUGCGUUAGUCACGUGAUUCUGACAGGCUGGUGAUGGCCUUUUGGCAGAUAAGUUUUAAUUAGAAAAUUCCAAGGAGAAAUGUUUGAGUUCAGAGCAGCGGAACUGAGCCAGAGUAGACACUAGGUGCUAAAAGGUCUUUCACCUUUAUAUUACCUCCUUAUAUUAUAUCCUGAGAUGGGCUAUUGGAUUUUCAGUGAAACCACAACUUUUGUGACUAUUGUAAUUUGGCUGGGAUUAAAUAUAUACCUGUUUACAGACACCUUAAUAUGGUAUGAAAAUGCUGAUUCCUACUACUAUACUCGAAUCAUCUUGGGUUCCUCCUUGGCUUGGGCUAGAGCUUCUGCAAUGUGUCUGAACUUUAACAGCAUGCUGAUUUUGAUUCCAGUUAGUCGAAAUUUUGUUUCCUUUCUGAGAGGAAGUUUGUGCUGUACUGGAAAUAUGAGAAGACUGCUUGACAAAAACAUUACAUUUCACCGACUUGUUGGAUACAUGAUUGCCCUUCAUUCAGCUAUCCAUAUUGUAGCCCAUUUAAUUAAUAUAGAACGAUACCACAGAAGUCAGUCAUUGGACGCCGGAGGAUUAUGUAACACAUUGUCAUAUAUUGGCAAUCAUCCUAAUGAGAGUUAUUUGAAUCCCGUCAGAAGAUAUGAAACAAGCAUAACAAAAGAAACAAUUGUUACAUUGGCUGGGAUCACUGGCUUUAUAAUCACGUUGGCGCUUGUGUUAAUUAUAACCUCAUCCACAGAGACCAUAAAAAGGUCAUUCUAUGAAGUUUUCUGGUAUACCCACAACCUAUCCAUUGUUUUCUUCAUUGGACUUGUUAUACAUGGUGCAGGGCAGAUAGUCCGUGGACAGACUCCGCAAAGUUUGUUACAACAUAAUCUUUCAUAUUGUAAAGAUCACUACAAUGAGUGGGGAGAAACGGAACAAUGCCCUUUUCCGCAAUUUUCUGGCAACAAACCAGGGGCAUGGAAAUGGGUCAUUUGUCCUUUAGCGUUAUAUGUGUGUGAGAGGAUAAUACGUUUUUGGAGGUCUAAACAAGAUGUUAUAAUAACAAAGGUUGUCACGCAUCCUUCUGGAGUUUUGGAGAUUCAAAUGAAGAAACAAGGUUUUACUAUGCAGCCAGGACAAUAUAUUUUCCUUCAGUGUCCUUCUGUAUCACAUCUAGAGUGGCAUCCAUUUACACUAACAUCAGCUCCUGAAGAGCCAUUUUUCAGCGUACAUGUGAGAUCUGUUGGAGACUGGACCCAAAAGAUUAUCACGGAGUGCGUAGCAAACAGAAAUCUCCUUCAGAAUAUUUGGCAUCCUCCUAGACUGGCUGUUGAUGGACCCUAUGGAUCAGCAACAACUAAUGUGUUUAACUUUAAAGUCAGUGUAUGCAUUGCAGCUGGGAUUGGAGUGACACCAUUUGCAUCAGUGCUGAAAUCUAUUUGGUAUGAUUCAUGUGAUCCAAACAGAGCAAUGAAACUAGAAAAGGUGUAUUUUUAUUGGCUUUGUCGUGAUACUCAUGCUUUUGAAUGGUUUGCUGACCUACUUCAGUCUUUAGAGGAGCAAAUGUCAGAACAAGGCAAAUUAAAUUUCCUUAGUUAUCAUCUUUUUCUCACAGGCUGGGAUGAUAAUCAGGUUAAGCAUAUAGCUCUUCACUAUGAUAGUGAACUAGAUGUGAUUACUGGCUUAAGACAUAAAACUAAUUAUGGAAGGCCCAACUGGCAUAAAGAAUUCAGGUCUAUAGCAGACAAGCAUCCAAGUGACAACAUUGGAGUGUUCUUCUGUGGCCCAAGGUCUCUUUCCAAAAUCCUCAAUAGUAUGUGUCGUUUACAUACAUCAUCCGAUCCCAAAGGAGUCCAUUUUCAUUUCAGUAAGGAAAGCUUCUAAUGUGCUGGAGCACCAAGACUCACUAGAAUCCUCUGAUUGCUUUGGGUGGCAUGUGGAUGUGAUAAAUGUGCAGUAUAUGGUGUGGUCCCUUUUCUCUGUGGAAACCAUCAAUGGAUCUUCUUGUUCCCACACAUGCUUAAAUGUCCCAAAGAUCAAAUGAUCGUUCAAGGAGCAACUUGAACCAAUAUUAGCAGCUAGAACUAUAAACUGAUUCCAAAAUAAACCAGUUUAGCAAAAUAAAUAUUUUAUUAGAUUAUGGUUAUAAUCGA